AUGGGCUGGAACAAUCCUAUUCCAAGAUCACUCAAGAGCGAGUGUAAAAAGGCUGCCAAAGUUCUAGCCUCCUUCAUCAAACCGAACCAGGCACUUGGUCCCGAGGAAAUCAUUCCUCAUGAUGUGCUUCUCAAUGCCAAAGGUAUGGCCAUCCUCACCGUACUCAAGGCCGGUUUUCUAUUUUCUGGCCGUGCAGGAUCCGGUGUCGUUGUGGCACGUCUUCCUGAUGGAACAUGGUCUGCUCCUUCUGCCAUUGUUACUGCUGGUGCCGGCGUUGGAGGACAGAUUGGUGCGGAAGUGACCGAUUUCGUCUUUAUUCUAAACACAGACGCCGCAGUUGAGUCAUUUGCCCAAUACGGCUCUAUUACUCUAGGUGGUAAUGUCUCCGUUGCUGCAGGUCCCCUAGGAAGAAAUGCUGAAGUCGCUGGUACUGCCUCUUUGAAGAAUGUUGCUGCUGUUUUCUCGUAUUCUAAGACUAAAGGUUUGUUUGCUGGUGUUUCUGUCGAAGGUUCGGUGCUUGUUGAGAGAAGAGAGGCAAAUAGAAAGUUUUACGGUGACAAUUGUAAAGCUCGGUAUAUUCUUUCCGGCCAGGUGGCACCUUCACCGGGAUGUGCUCCCUUGAUGAAAAUCUUGCAGAGCAGGGCCUUCAGUAGAGUUCCUGCUGAUGGCGAGUACUAUUCGGAUGAUGACAAUUACUAUGACGAUAUUCCAUCCACCUUCAGCACCGAUGAUAGCAGUUAUGGUGAUUCUAGACGUAGUAGAAGAGGCACUGUGGGUUCCAAUUCUGCAAGGUAUAGAGAGUCUAACAACCACCACGACGAUGACGGCUUUGAAGAUGGUGAUAACUCUGCAAAAGCCUACUACCAGCGUAAUCGCCAUCAGCAAAGUGGCCAUGGCAAUGCCACGUCUUGGGAGGACAACAUCUAUGAUAAGUAUGACUCUAAAUCGAGAUCUAGAUCUGGCACUGAUGGUGGCUACAGACCAAGAAGCGACAAGCCUGAUUUCAGACCUCCCUCACAAAAAUUGACCUCCUCUGCUAUCGGUUCCACUGCCGGUUCCGCUACUAGUGCCUCUUCGGUUAAUAAGAACAAGGCAAUAGCAUUAUAUACUUUUGCAGGCCAGCAAGAUGGCGAUUUACCAUUCAAGAAAGGUGAUGUUAUCACUAUCGUCCAGAAGUCUGAUACUUCUGAUGAUUGGUGGACGGGUAAACUUGGCUCCAAGAGGGGAAUAUUUCCUGCAAACUACGUGGAAAUGGUUUAG